UGGAUGUUAUGCUUCACGCACCUCUGCGAGACCACCUUGGUACGAACUCUGACCUCCGAGUGGAAGUCAUGACCCUAAGUCUUCAGUUGGACACACUGUUCAAGCAAGAGAUUCUCUCUCAUCCCUCUCACAAGAUUGAUCACGGGAAAACCAGCAGCUCCUUCACGGACAAAGCAAAUGUGGUACACAGUCACCUACAGCAAACCUUGGCCAAGUCGCACAACCCAAAACCCCCAGAGGUGUUUUUGCAAGAUAGUUGCUUGGAUCGUUUGUUUCCUCGUGUAGCAGCAUAUUUGUGUCAGCCCAACCAGUUGUCAAUCUCGUACAAGAAAACAGAUGUUGACAACUAUCUGUGUCAACUGUCUGCCCUUCACCACACUCUGGCUUUGGCACAGCAGAUCCAGGGAGAUGUGAUCAGCCAGCCCAGGCCAAAAUACCUGGCUCAUCAACUAGCAGUCCUCUAUCAAACCAUCAGCGCUAUCCCGUCAGGCUCGAAAUCCUUAGAGCGACACAGAGCAAACAUUGAGGAAAACUUCAAAGCUCUGAAGACGUCCAUUGCUGAGAUCACUGAGGACGAAGAGGAAGAGCUGAGCUCAGAAGUGAGAGAAUGGGUGACAGAGCUGUGUGACAGUAUUGCUCAAGUCAUCUCCUCUCUGCCAGCUGAGAUAACCCAGGAACUCGGACCACUGGCUCUCGUCCUGCAGGACUGAUGUCGCCACUGUGUGUGUGUGUGUGUGUGUGUGUGUGUGGGGGG